CACGCGCGCACACGCACGCGACUGAUGUCAGUGUGUCGGUCGGCUGAGUCGCGCGCGCUGCCUGUGGAUGCCAGCCGGAGCCACCGGGGACCAGUGGAUCUUGUUUUGCCGUAAAAUUGGAGGUUUUCAAACGGAGCUUCUGAGCGCGGGGAGCUCGCGGCGCUGGAGCCGUUCACUCCGCUCUCCGAUCUUCUGACCUUCAGCAACCUCUGAUGAUCUCAAAGUGAUGACCCACCUUCAUCAUCAUCACCACACCCGUCGCCAUGGUCACCCAUCACCUCGGUGACCGACCUGUCCGCCACCAAACCCUCCGCCUCCUCCCCUCUUUGCUCCCAUCCAAUCGGCCACGGUGAUGCACGUGAUGGGCAGCGUCUCCCCGGCCAAUGAGAGGCAGGGAUUCUUCCUCCAGGAGGAGAGCGUGGCCAUCACCGUGCCAACGUCUCCCCAUCGUCCUCUGUCUGGAUUUUCUGAUGUCGAGGACAAUCGGGGGAGACCGUCACUACCUCCCCCUCCUCCCCCAGCACCUCCUCCUCCUCCCCCUCCUCCCCCUCCUCCUCCUCCUCCACCCCUGCUUCCAGGGCUAGGAGAUCCUGUAGGAGGCCUGAGGAAGAAGAAGAGAGUGAGGAGUUUCUUUUGGAAGACGAUACCAGAGGAUCAGGUGAAGGGGCGGGCCAACCUGUGGACUCAGGGCCGAGUGCAGCAGCAGUACCAGAUCGACGUCCGCACCAUCGAAGAGCUGUUUGGUCAAAACGACAAUCAGUCACACACUGAGGCCACGCCCACCAGGGGAGGGAAGACGAGGAGCUCGUUCAGAGAGGCCAAAGAGGAGGUCUGCAUCCUAGACUCUAAGCGAGGGAUGAACAUCGGGAUUUUCCUCAAACAGUUCAAGAGGUCCAAUCAGAUGAUAGUAGACGACAUUCACCAUGGCAACAGUGAGCCUUAUGGGGCGGAGCCUCUGAGAGAGCUGCUGAAGCUGCUGCCGGAGAUAGAGGAGGUGAAGAAGCUGAAGGGGUACCGAGGCGACGUCUCUAAGCUCUCAUUGGCCGAUUCCUUUGUGUACCUGCUGGUUCAGCUCCCCAGUUACUCGGUCCGUAUUGAGUCCAUGCUGUUGAAGGAGGAGUUUCCUGGAGCGUGCGAGGCCAUGAAACGAGACAUUAGGAUUCUUCGUUCAGCCACCAGAGAGUUGAUGUGUUGUGAGGAGCUCCAUGCUGUUCUCCACCUGGUGCUGCAGGCUGGAAACAUCCUCAACGCUGGAGGUUACGCAGGAAACGCAGUGGGUUUCAAGCUGUCUUCCCUUCUGUCUCUGGCCGACACCAAGGCCAACAAACCAGGCAUGAACCUGCUGCACUUUGUCGCUCUGGAAGCCCAGAAAAAAGACACAAAGCUGUUGGAGUUUCCUCUGAAGCUGAGUCACAUCGAGCCUGCAGCCAGGAUCUCCGUGGAAACGCUGGACGCUGAGCUUCACUGGUUGACAUCUCGCACGCGCUCAGUAGAGGAGAACGUCCAGAGAGACACGGAGCUGCUCCAGCAACUCGACGGCUUCCUGCAGUCGGCCACCUCGUCCCUGUGCUCGCUGCGCGGCAGUCGGCAGCAGCUGAGGAGGGAGGGCAACGAGCUGAUCGACUUCUUCUGUGAAGACAGAGACACGUUCAGGCUGGACGACUGCUUCGGCAUCUUCAACACCUUCUGCUCCAAGUUCUCGCAUGCUGUCAAGGAGAACAUGGAGAGGGAGGCAAAGGAGGCCGCGCGGCGCCGGAGGAUACAGGAGCUGGAGGAGCAGAAGAGGCACUCAUGGGCCGGCGGUGAGGAGGUGGGUGGAGCCUUCGGGUUGCGCUGCAGCAGCGAGACGGACAUGUCAUCUGCCAUGUCACGACAUGAUGAGGCCGGGCUGCUGAUGGAGCUCCUGACCCCUAAGUACCGCCCCCGCUCACCCUUAUUAAACAACUCCCACAAUUCUCUGGGGCGCUCAGGGAGCCUACGACGCUUGCGACACUCCCCAUCCAGCUCGCCAUCCAUCGCCGCAGACCGUGAACUGACCACGCUCCUGGGGAUGGCGACCUCUGAACACAAAGAGGCGAGGACAGCUUUUCUAUCAGCCUCACCAGAGCUCAGAAGUCCAGGACUCUCCCCUCAGACACUAAGAGUCCCAUCAUUCAGCUUCCCCCAAAACCAGCAGCCUCAAACCUCCUCCUCGCCUCCCAAAACUUCUUUGAGCACGCAAAACCAUACAACCGCCACUUACCUCAGCUUCGACGCUACCCAGACUCGAGUGAACACCACAGAUAAAGCUAAGGUCAAAACUACCUCUGAUUCGAACCAGCAAUCCGACCACAACAACAACGGCAAAGAUCGACUCGGAACGCUUUCAGAUCAACAGUCUGGUUUGAGGGGGGAACUCGCUAAAGCUGAUCCUGAUCUUCGUGGAAGGAUCUCCUGCAGUGACGAGAAGUUCCAAUGCAACACCUCUACCACAGGAAACAUGUCUGUGGUUUUAGAGAAAUGCACGCUGGUGCCUGAGCUGAAAGUGUUCGACAAGGUCGCCACCAUGACCGGUCACAACGACACAAGUCGCCUCCAUGACCAUCACCGGGACGAUGUGGUGAUCACAGAUUUAGAAGAAGAGGUGGACAAGAAGGCGCAGAAUUACCCCGCAGAAAAAUCAGAGACUAGCUCUUCCUUGCCAAAACGAGAGGAAGAGGAAGGACGAGAGGAGACGGUGGUUGUAUGGUGUGUGACAGGUGUGUGCGAGGCAGCCGGCGAGCUCACGCACACUGACAACACACAUGCACAAACUGAGCAGGAUCAGUUUAGAAAUGACAAUCAGGGAGGAAGCAAACAAGUGUCUUCUGCCCCAGCCAAUCGCACGCCUUCAGAACCUCAGUCGGCCAAUGAGAAGCCAGUGCCUGUACCCAUCAGCAGCCAACCGGUGCCUGUCUCCCGCUGUGACGACCCCUCGCACCCAGCCUCUUCCCCUAGGUGGCACCCUGCAGAGCCUGCAGAGCCUGCUCUCACCGCAGGUGCCUCUGAGGAAGUUAAAGAAGCAGCCAAUCAAGAGAAAGAAGCAGAGGGCUCCACCAAUGAGGAGAGAGAUGUGGAGACUGUCCAAGAACAGUCAACAGGUGACCAGAGCAGGGACGAGACUGCUUCCUGUCAUGCAACCAGUGAGAACACAGAAGCAGCUUCCUCCACUAAUGGAAAGGCAGAAAAUUCGUCCAAAUCAUCCUCAAAGAACCUCCCUACCUCUAAAACUCGACCCCCUGGGAUGAAACCAGCCGCCACCACCGGCAACAAAUGUAAACCAGUCCGCACCCUCACCAACUCCGAGAACCAGGGCAUGAGGCGGGUUGUUCCAAUCUCCAGGACCAGCCGAGGCGCUUCCUCUUUGGUUAAACACCCUGAAAAGCCUCCAGGCCACCAGCGAGGCUCCUCAAGCACUGCAACACCGACUGCCUCCAAUCUCAGCAGCACCUCUGUCCGGCGAGGAGAGAGGCCGUCGACUGCGCCUUCAUCCCGGCGCUCCAGUAUCAACAAGGCACCAGACCCCAAGGACUCAAAAGACCAGAGGGUUCCAGGUACACAGAGGUCGGCUCGAGAGAAAAACCAGGACUUGCAAAGGAAGCCGUCCGUCCGAAAGCCGUUAACAAAACCCAAACCUCCGCCGGAGGAGAAGAUGUGUCGCUCCACGCUGCGUGCGCUCUCUCAAGGAGGUGGAGGCAGCGUCAGUGCGCCUGUUACACCUUUGCACAAAGCCGCUACCCCGUCAUCAUCACAGCUUCCAGGUUUCGCCCGAAGCACCGCUUCUUCUUCUUUCAGACGGACCCACACUACCCUCGCUCCUCCUGCUCCUUCACCUCACACUGGCUCUGACUCCUCCCCUAAAUCCUCCCCCAAAACCACCUCCUCCUUCGCUAUGCCUUUCACCCGUACAGGCUCACUAAGAGUCCCUGCCACCUCCAGAUCCUCAGAUCUCCUCAACCCAUCCUCAUCUUCCUCGUCCUCCUCCCCACUGAGGUCUCAGAGCAUCAGGGCAUCAACUCGCUCGCCCGUCCACAAUUCGCCAGCUCCUCCUAAAGGCCACCGGCGGACCAACAGCGGCAACUUCUCUGACAAGUCAACUCACUCCAGGGACUCGGGCAAGUCCACCAGGCCGAGCUGGAGAUAACAAGAGCAAUUCGGUGGCUGCAUUCCAACAGAAGCAGUGUCUCCUCUACCUUCCUUUAGUGGACGUGAAGUCAGAGGAUACAUUCCAAUAUGAAGAAAGGACUCUUAUUUAUGUAGGAAGCAAGGACACAUUCCUGAGCAAACAUCUCAAGUUUAGCCGCAGAAAAACAGAAGGUUGCGUUCCAAUGAGAAGCACAGACACAGUCGAGGUUGAAGGCCUCGUUCUGUUAUAAAGAACUUUGUCUCCUAUGCACUAAAGCCGGUGGUCAAAGGAUGCAUCCCAUUUAAGAACCCUGCAGUAAGUACACUUAAAGGAUAAAGGAAGUUCCAGCAGUGCCACGUGAAACAUGAUAGUGAUGAAACAAUUUACUUAUUACAAUUACUUAUUUGCUUGAACUCGAAAUCUUUUGACUUUAGUCGACUAAUUUGGACUCCAACAUGCAUUUUAUUUAGCACUCACCUUCCUAAGCUCUUUGUAACCACGUUUCCAACAAACACUUUUGGUAUAGAACUCUUAAGGCUCAUUCAUCCUCUGCACUGGAUACAUGUUGUCGGCCCGAAAUGGGUUUAUAUCAAGUCCACAAAGUGUCUUAACUCGUCAGUGAAUUUCACCAAGAACAGCGACACUCCAACACGAGUAAAAUACAGUAAAGGAAAGCUUCUGAUUCCUAUGUGUUAAACCCCACCAGCUGGAUUAUUAUUAACACAUAAGUUCCUUUUCCUAAGAGCUUUGAAGUCAUAUAAAGGUCACCAAGCACUUCUAUACUUGCAUUGACACCCAUUUAUACUGCUUCCAGUUUCAUUUUCAUGGCAGUUAUUUUGUCUUAAGCGCUCCAUCGUAGGCAACUCGACCUGCUUGAGUUUCUUGCAGACGUUUCACCUCUCAUCCGAAGGGCCUCUUCAGCUCUAACGGACUGGUGCGGAGUCGCAGGCUUUAAACUCUGCGUGGGUGUGAACCCUUACACCCGUCGUUGGAGUCACAAGAGGAAGAAUGUCAGGAAUUUGAAAGAACAUCAAGGAAGCUGACUGAUUACAGGAACCACCUGCAUUUCAGUUUUAGAUGCAGGCAACACAGGAUCUUGCCGAACAGUUUACACUUGGCGAAAGGACACAGGGCUGCAGCAGUCCUUCAGAGGGCUCCGAACCAGCUGCCCAAUGAGAGAGUGAGACAGAUUCACUUCACCAUUGAUCAAGGGCGUAGGAAUGAGUUUAACAUUGGGGGGCAAGUGAGUUAGAGAUUUCAAAAUAAAAUAUUUUUCUCCUCUGAGGUAUAAUUUUUGGGUGGGACAAAUGCACCUGUCUCCAAUAUUCCCCCCGGUUCCUACGCCCUUGCCAUUGAUGCACCCAGGCAAGCUCAGGGGUUUAGUGUUGCUGUAGCCCACAGGAACAACGCUCCACGCUGCUUUUUUUUUUCUUCAAGCGAGUAUUAGAAUAUAUGGAGUGUGUGUCAUGUAAAAACUAAAGUGAUGGUCAAAGUUGUCACAGUGAAAUUUAAGGUGAUGGAUUCACGUCAUCAACUCGUGCAUUGAGUAACAUUACAAGUUAACGUUCCACCUUAUAAAAGUUGCCGGACAUAGUUUUGUUUUUACUUUGACACUUGUGUCACUGCAGUGCGUUUAUGAAGCCCCUCACUUUCAGAUUAAUUUAGAAUUGGAGGUAAACCUUAGUGUUUCUGUGCUGUGGACUGUUGCUGUUUGAUAAAUUCUGCAUUCCACAUCUGGAGACGUGCACCAUCCUCCGUGGACCAAACUACUCCUCAACCUGCGUCCUUGCAAGACGUAGUUUCGUCUGUUUUUUUCAAGUGUUCCAGGUCAACAGCAUGUGAUCUAGAGGGCUAAAUACAACAGCAAGAGGCAAGGCUAACCUGGAGCAAGGAGAGUCACCACACAAGAGUCGGUUUAGAGGCCUGAACGCCCUCACUUUGUUGAGAGGUCACAGACAUUGCAACACACCACGGGCAAGGAACAACAGACACGCUUAUUCCUGACACUACACUCUUUUGAGACCUCAGCGACUGUGUAAGGGUCACACCCACACAGAGUUUAAAGCCUGCGACUCCGCACCAGUCAGUUAGACGUGAAGAAGCCUCUUGGAUGAGGGGCGAAACAUCUUCAAGAAACUCAACAAGUCCAGUUGCCUAUGAUAGAGCACUUAAGAUCACCAUGACCUGGGUGACUUGGAAACUUCUCCGACAGGCUAGUACUUUGCCUUCUCAAGAAAAUCAAACAUGAAAAAAUCAGCUGCCACACCGGUCAGUUUUCAAGGGAAGAUGAAAGAAGAACAUAAAUGUCUGUGUCUCUAAAUGUGUAAUGAUAUUUUUCAUUUCUGCAGUGUUUCUGGUUAACUGACGUGACUGAGUCCCGUUUUCUUUUUCUGUCUCCUCCUGAUUAACUUUAUGUCUUAAAUUUAUAUUAAAUCCUGCACCUUUAACGUCACUAACCGCGCUGAGCAAUCCCUGUACGUCCGGCCUGAUUAAAAUAAAAAUGAUUUUAUUGUAUUUUAAAGAAAUUUUUAGAUAAAUCACAGAGAAUCAUGAAGUGUAAAAGAAAAGAGUGAUUAGUUUAGACGAGGGGAUGUUUAAAGUGUCUCUGAUUCAAACCAACAGUGUCUGACUCACUGGGAAAAGUCUGCAGUGCCAACUUUGUUCAUAUGACGAUAUUUGUAUGUUUAUGUAUCUCUAUUUAUGUAUGUAUGAAGUUAAUAUUUGAUAUAUAUAUAUAAUAUAAUCUAUCUGCUAAUUAAUAAAGUAAUAUUCCUCCAGCAUGCUGCGCAGUUUGUUUCUGUUCACCAGAGCUCAAUCUGUCUUUAAUAUAUUAUUAUUAUUUAUUUUUAAUUUUUUUUUGCUUUAAGAUAAGUCACCUGAAAUAAUAUUUAGCACCUGGUAAUUGUGUUUUAUUUUACUUUAUUUAGCUUUUAUGCUUUUUUUAGCGUUAAAGAACUAAAGAUUAAAAUAAAAUAAAAAACAGGACCAAAAAGGUGUAGGCUGAAGCCGUAGCUUAUUUAAACUACCCUUUUAACAUUCAUUAUUUUUAUCAGUUCCUUUACUUUACAUUAUAUAGAGCAAUACGAAACUGACAGACACUAACUAAGUAAAAACAUUACAUUGUGAAAAAUCCCAAACACAUUUCAUGUGCACUCUGGUCUUCAUACUUCAGUUUUAUGUCUGUCAAUGAUCUUCAAUGAUCUCAUUCAAUUAAACCGAUGAAUGAAACACACAUCUCAAAAAAAAAAAAGUUUCCAGAGAGUCAGCACAAAUAAACCUGUUAUCACGAGAAGAA